AUAGCGGCUUUACCAAACCCAGGAAAACGAAAAGCUUUCUCUGAUACAGCCUGAGUGCGUGCAAAAGAGCAGCAAGAUGCCUCACACCAAAGACUCUUCAUCUCUGACUAGCAAUGAUUCCUACGAAACACCAGCACUAUCAGACCUCCAGCGGCUUCUGUGGUUCAGAGGAGGGUCUGAUAAUCAUGUGGACCAAGUCUGGCCAAAUAUCUACCUGGGAGAUGCGUGGGCUGCCAGGAGCAAAACUACUCUUCAAAGCCUCAACAUUACUCAUAUCCUUAAUGCAGCAGAUGGACCAUAUAGCAUCAACACAGGAGCCAAAUAUUAUGAAGAUCUGCAAAUAAAGUACUAUGGAGUAGAAGCAUUUGAUGAUCCUUCCUUUGAUUUAAGUAUCUUCUUCUAUGAUGCUGCCAAUUUCAUAGGCCAGGCCUUAAACUCUUCAGGAGGUAAGGUGUUUGUUCAUUGUGCCAUGGGAGUGAGCCGCUCAGCGACUUUAGUGCUUGCCUUUUUAAUGAUCCAUGAAAACAUGACACUCGUGGAUGCUCUGAAGACAGUCGGUGCUCACAGAGACAUCUGUCCAAAUUCAGGGUUCCUCAGCCAGCUCCGGGAUUUGGAUAUUAAACUGAAUGAAGAGAAGAAAAGAUCCAGAGCAUCUGCUACCAAAGAGCUGUAAGAGAGUAUUGCUGAAAGAGAGAGGAGAAAAUCUUACUUGAGUUGCCUGUAUCUCUUAUAGAUUAACUGCAUUUAUAAACUAAGGACACAAGUUUAUGAGACACCAGAACGCAUGUUAUUAAUAAAAGUAGGUUUUGCUUGAUCUUUCCAUUUUGCAAAACUCUCCUAGGUUUAUACCUACAAUUGAUUGUAUACUCUAUCCUUUACUCUCCACCUUAAAACAUUUCUCUUUACUGGUUAAAAA